AUGCAGCGCUGCGUGGCAGGGAGCUUGGCUCCUCUGGGCCUGCUCCUGAUCUGUCUUUAUCUCCCAGGCCUCUUUGCCCGGAGCAUCAGUGUAGUAGAGGAGAAAGCUUCCCAAAACCUAGGGACCAAUAUGCCUCUGCUUGGACAGCCUUCCUUGACCGGCUCUUCUAACACUGAACAUCUUCAGCCUGCACCAGAACCCAAAUCUAAUAAUUUAGCAAGGGUUCCUCUGAAGCUUAACACUCCUCUAUCAGACAACUUCCAACCUGCAGGUGGUUCUGCAGUACCAAGGUGGCCUCCAUCUGGGGGGCUGUCCACUGUAGGUUACUGGCCCUCUGAGGAUCCUUGGCAGAUGAUGGUUGCUUCUGCUGAGGACUAUCCGGAAGAAGUGCUGCCUGAAGGACAAUCCUACCUCUCCAGCGCUACUGCCCUCCCUCUGGACAAUGACCCUUUGCCCAAGGAGUACCUUGCACACUCUGCAGGGCCCUCAACUGAGGCUUCACUCCUCCACCACAGUAAGGAGUCUAGACGGCCAUCCCGCUCUAAUCCUCUGGGAUCCCAGGGAGAAAUCCUUGCCCAACGCCCACCCUGGUCUCUUAUCCACAGGAUUCUGCCUGGUCACCCAUGGGGGACCCUGAAUCCCAGUGUGUCCUGGGGAGGUGGAGGUCCUGGCACUGGAUGGGGAACGAGGCCCAUGCCACUCCCUGCAGGAAUCUGGGGUAAUCAAUUCCCAGGUAGCAGCUGGGGGAAUAUCAAUCGCUAUCCAGGGGGUAGCUGGGGAAAUAUUAAUCAGUAUCCCAGUGCAGGCUGGGGGAAUGUUCGUCCAUAUCCAGUUAUCACUAAUCAAUUUCUUCCUGGAGUUGUCCGUCCUCCCGGCUCUUCUUGGAACAUCCCAGCUGGCUUCCCCAACCCUCCAAGCCUUGGGUCGCAAUGGGGUUAG